UCCUCUCUCUCUCUUAAAUCUCAAGUCGUCCCUUGUUUCUUUCCUUGUUCCUCUCUUCCCUGCUCCUCCCUCGCUUUAAUUUCCUUCCUUCCCCCCCCUUCCAAACAGCAGCAGAAAGAACCCAAAGUGCCAAAAGAGGCAAAAGAAAUAAUGCUGAGUUUUGGUGGUGUAGAAGCUCCCACUGGGGACAGCCUUGACGGUCCAGAUCAUUCCAAAGACAUUUCUCGAGAUUUGCGUGACUUCCCAUCUUUAAUGUCUUCUUGUUAUCCUAUCACUCUGAAGGUACCACAAGUUUCAUUCAUUGAUGUGUGUUACAAGGUGAAGAUACAGCAGCAGACCAACAGUUCUCGAGGUCGAUGCAUUAAACGAAUGUUUAGCCAUGGAGGAUUAUCAGCAGCAACGUCUGAUCAAAGAUCAACGGGUCAGGUUCAAGAGAAAACGAUCUUGAACAACAUCACAGGCGUGGCUUCACCGGGAGAAAUUUUGGCUAUCCUUGGUCCUUCGGGCAGCGGCAAAUCAACCCUCCUCAAUGCCUUAGCCGGGAGGCUCCAACAGGGCCAUGGCUUCUCUGGAACUAUCCUUGCUAACAACAAGAAACCCACUAAACAAAUCGCGAAACGCACCGGAUUCGUCACUCAAGAUGAUGUUCUUUACCCUCACUUGACAGUUCGUGAAACCUUAGUGUUCUGCUCCCUUUUAAGGUUACCAAAAACAUUGACAACAAAGGAGAAGACUUCAAUAGCUGAAAUGGUUUUGUCGGAGUUGGGGUUAUCGAAAUGCGAAAACACAAUAAUUGGGAACAGCUUUAUACGGGGGAUUUCAGGUGGAGAACGAAAAAGAGUGAGUAUAGCUCAUGAAAUGCUUAUAAACCCUAGCUUGUUGAUUCUCGAUGAACCAACGUCGGGUUUGGACUCGACAGCGGCACACCGGUUAGUUUCAACUUUAGGGUCGUUGGCUCAGAAAGGGAAGACCAUAGUUACAUCCAUGCACCAACCUUCUAGCCGAGUUUAUCAGAUGUUUGACUCAGUGUUGGUUUUGAGUGAAGGAAAGAGCUUGUAUUUUGGAAAGGGAAGUGAAGCCAUGGCUUACUUCGAGUCAGUUGGAUUCUCCCCAUCUUUUCCCAUGAAUCCUGCAGAUUUCCUCCUUGAUCUCGCUAACGAUGUGUGUAAACUUGAUGGUGUAAGCGAGAGAGAGAGGCCGAACGUAAAGCAAACUCUUAUUGCUUCUUACAACGCCCUGUUGGCCCCAAAAGUAAAAGCUGCCUGCAUGGAGAUCACCAUUGUUUCAGCAAAAGAAACACGUUUGAUAGGAAGCCAUUCAUUUAAAGAACACAGGGAUAGCAACACAAUUGACCUCUGUACUUGGUUCCAUCAAUCUAGCAUUCUGCUUCAAAGAAGCCUGAAAGAAAGAAAGCAUGAAUCGUUCAACAUCCUCAGAGUCUUCCAAGUGAUCACUGCUGCAAUAUUAGCCGGUUUAAUGUGGUGGCACUCAGAUUAUAGUGACAUUCAAGACCGCCUAGGUCUCCUCUUCUUCAUUUCCAUCUUUUGGGGAGUGUUGCCAUCGUUUAAUGCAGUAUUUGCAUUCCCCCAAGAACGUGCAAUCUUCAUGAAAGAGCGUGCUUCUGGUAUGUACACUCUAUCUUCCUAUUUCAUGGCACGGAUAAUCGGAGACCUCCCCAUGGAGCUCAUUCUUCCCGUAGUUUUCCUUAUUGUGACAUACUGGAUGGCUGGAUUGAAACCUGAUUUGGUGGCCUUUCUUUUGACAUUGUUGGUUCUUCUUGGAUACGUGCUCGUCUCUCAAGGCCUUGGCCUUGCACUAGGCGCAGCGAUCAUGGAUGCCAAACAGGCUUCAACAAUAGUUACUGUCACCAUGCUAGCAUUUGUUCUAACAGGAGGGUAUUAUGUGCAUAAGGUGCCAUCAUGCAUGGCAUGGAUCAAAUAUAUUUCCACUACGUAUUACAGCUACAAGCUGUUCAUUAAUGUCCAAUACGGCGAAGGCAAGAAAAUUUCGUCCAUGUUGGGCUGCUCACACCAUGGAAGAAGCAACACUGUUAGCUGCAAGUUUAUCGAUCAAGAUAUUGCAGGGCAAAUUAGCCCUGAACUGAGUGUGGCCAUCUUGCUUCUGAUGUUUGUAGGAUACAGGUUGUUGGCUUAUCUUGCCUUAAGGCGCAUCAAAGGUUGAAGCUAAGCUUUGUGUUAGUUUAAACAGGUUUCUUGUUAUUCUUAUAGGCCCUAUAAUUGUAAUUCUUCAAACGUGGCGUACAAAGGGAUGGCCAAAAAGAAAGAUUUGUUCACGGUGUUGAGGGCGAAAUUGGAAUCAAAGUUAACUGUAACUAAAGAAGAAUCAAAAGUAAAAAUUUGCAUGCAAAGGUUUGCAGCCACAUUGUUUGAACUUUGCUCUCUACAUUAAUUCGAGCUCAAUGAUACAAUUUGUAAAGCAGUUCAUAUAAGCUUGAGGGAUAAAAUUUGCUUUCUUAGCCUCA